AUUUCAACAGAUUGUCUAUGGAGACGAUGCUGAGAGUAAUUUUAUGGACGUUUUUGUUUAAUAAUAACCGAAAUAUGUUUAUUAAAGGACAAAUUUAAAUAACGAUAUCUAGUAACAUUCGAUUAUUGAUUACUGCUACUAUUACGAUGCCUUCUUCGCCUAAUUAUGAGCUAAAUUGUUAUAUCAACGUGUAAAAAUACCGGAGAAAAGUUACUCUUGGCGUGGAUCAUGGAAUUUUAGUGGAAUACGACACUUCACUAGAAUUAAAAUGGAUGUUCACUGUGAUUAUGGUGAAUCUACAAAGUCUAUUCUGUCAUACGAUAACAUAAAUUGCUACAGCAGAGCGGAAGACAGCGGAUACCACACAUCGUUCACCCCAGGAUCGUUGGAACGCUCGGACAUAUCAAGUGAUUUUCUUGACGAUCGGUCAGUAGUAACAACAACAGCGUUUAUUGAUGAGAUCCAAGUUGAUUACAUUACGCCUGAUGGUGUUUAUAGAUGUAAUCAGCUCAAGCCGCGAAAUGACAUCGCCGAAACCCCACCUCAGAGACGAGCCGUCAAGCGACCUCAUUCGAGUAUUGAAUCGGCUAAACAUGUAACGACAAUUCCUACUCCAACAACAUGGAUUGCUGGUAAAAUACAAAGUUUAGAAGUCAAUGAAGACAAGGAAAAUGCUACAAUUUCUAUACCAACAGAUAGUGCUCAUAGCACCGAGAGGAAUACAAGAUUUAUUUGCAGGUUAAACAUUCGUGAAAAAACAUACUCAUAUCCCAUCACACCAGUGAAAAGAAAUUGUAUAAGCCCUUGUAAAAAAUCUGGAAGAAAACUAGAUUUUGUGAUACAUUCCCUUUCAUGUGAGAAACGUGAACUACAGUCAGUUCCUGAACAAGUAGCGCAACCAGAAAUAGUAGGAACUAUUCUAGCCAGACCUGACCAAAAAAUAGAUAUACUUAGGUUGUUAAAUCAGAAAAGUGCCAUACCACCUUUACAAAAAAUAUUUCAAUAUCUAAACAAUGAAGAUAUCUGCAACUUCUGUUCUGUUAGCACUACAUGGAGUGAUAUAUGGAACUCACAUAGUACUAAUGAAAAGAAACAAGAGAUUAAACAACAUCUAAGAAGGGCUAAGGAAAACCAAGAAAAUGUCUCUAAAGAAAGUAGAGUGAAAGCAAGAGGUACCAAGCUGUAUGAUGGUUGUCUAAAAGAAAUACAUAAUGAGAUUAAUGACCAUCAUGUCAACAAAAUCCCUCUAAGCCCACAAUAUUCACCUCGGACAAACAGAUUCAGAAAGUUCUUGAAGUGUGCAUCACUGGACUCCCGCUUGCAGUUAUCAUGUGUGAGAUGUUCACAACCUGCUAAGGUGACUGAGGAAGCAUCAGGAGAGGAAUGGGUUGAGUGCACAAGUGCUACAUGCUCUUAUCAAUUCUGCAGAUCUUGCAAUUGUAGUAGACACCCAGGUAAGAGUUGUAUUCAAUAUGAUCUUAAUGCUCCAAGUCCAUCAAAAAGAAAGAAAUGUGAUUAUGCUGUAGGAACGAGAAAAAGCAGAAAAAACUUGCGCAGGCUUCUGUGAUCUAUUCAUAAUAAUACUUAGUUUUAUACCAGUGUUUUUUGUGUUACAUUCCAUAUGUAAAGAUUGUAAGUUGUAGCUGCAGUAGAUAUAAAUUUGACAGAACACUGCUAAUUAAAGUAAUAUCUAAUAUUAUUUUUAAUGAUAUUUGAGAUUACAGGGUGCAAACCCAUGUCUGAUUUUGUGCCAUUAUUUUAGCAAUACAUGCAUUUAUUUAAGUUUAACACAAAGUCAGUUUUGUUUGUUCGGCAGUUUAAAAUAAGUCAUGGUCAUUAUAAAUUAGGAAUCUUUACGGGUUUGCUUAGGUUUACCAACAGUUUAUUUGUUGAAUUACUAAUUAUUUGAAAUUAUUAUAGACAGACAGAUUAUAUUUUUGUAAUAAUACAUACUCCAAUAUUACAAUAUCAAAUACAGGUAUUCAAUAAAAUUAAAAAAAAAAUACUGAAAGAUGGUACAAUUCAAAUCACUAUUUUUAAGAGUUCAAAAUGUAAGAACAAGAGUUGAAAAAGGGUCUGUCUAGAAUUAAAAUUUAUUUUAAUUUACUGACAUUCGAAUAUAAAUUACUCUGAAGUAAGACUGUUUUAUACAUCACUGUAAAUUAGUAAUUAUUAUUAUAAUAUUUAUCUGUAAGGUCAUACCCCAGUAAUGUUUAGUAGGUGCCUACUUAUUCUAAGAUCCACUCUGUGUUUUUCCUUUUUUUCUCAUGGAUGAUACUGAGAUUCAUACAAGGAAUCUCUCUAUCAAUUAAUGAUUUAUGUAAGGACUUUUAUUAAGUACAGAGAGAUUGGUGGACACAUUCUCUUACAGUAAGCUUUUAAAUGCACUGUCAACAAAUAGAAAGCUUUUUGUGUGUUGUGUGAUUAAGUUUCGUAGAUUUUAAAUACUCAGCUUUACAGUUGGUUCCUCACUCACUAUAGUGUGGCUAUAACUGAGCUCUUUCAUGAUACAUAUUGGUUAAUUUACUGAAGAAUGUCUAGUAAGACGAUAUUAUGUUCUUUUUUACUGAAAGGAUAUUGAGUCAGUUGUCAUUGCAUUGUUCCUCCAUUCCUUACAUCUAUUAAUAUAAUAAUGGAAACACUAAAAGUAAAAUCUAUCUUUAGUGCUUUGUAAAAGAUAUUUUACCGAUAUUAUCAAUAUGGAAUGUCCUGUUUUAGAAUACCUCCCCAAGACUAUGUAGACUUUCUGUUUAUGUUUCUAUUACAUAAAUACACCACAAUUUCUAGACCAGUAUUGUAGUCAGUGUUUAAGCAACUGAUAGCUAUAAUUUAUGUUUAGAAAAGGCUUCGUUCUCACGGCCAAUUUGGAAAAAAGGAUGUAAACUGAGAUAUAACCAUAUAUGAUUUAAAAAAUUUAAAAGUUGUAUUAGUAAUAGUUUAAACAUUCCUACUCUUUUUAAAUAUUUAAUUAAAAUGUGUCACACAAAUUUUGAAACAACUCAUUUUCUAUUAAAAUAUGAUGUUUCUAACUUACCACCAAUAUUAACUUAGAUGUUGUUCUGAUUUUUAAAUAGGUUGAGUAUGCAGUGUUAAGCUUACAUAAUUUUUAUGCAUAAAUCAUACUUCGAUAAAUUGAAAUAAAGAUCGAAUAUCUUUGUCUAGUAUGUUAAGCAUAUAAUAUUGUUCCUUAAAAAAAAGAGUGUUUUUAGAGUUUCUGCCUCAACCCAUAUUCUCCUAGAAAUUCUAAGUAGGUGCCUAAGAUAGUAUAAAAAAAGAUCUUGAUGAUUACUUACCGCCUUACCCGCCUUAAGUCUGACAAUAUCGCAAAUAUACCUACAAAAUACAGAAUAUCCUGUUGUAAACAUACUGCAUGAUGUUAGUACUUAAGCCACAUAGAUUUGUUUACUACAUCCAAUAUUGGCUGGAUUCAAUAUGAUCAUGUAAUUAAAUUGGCAGACUCUCCCAGUGCCCACCCAUGUGAAUAGCAGGUGGAAUAUGUUAGCUAGCUCACAUUCGUUUAUUGAAGUUUGCGGACUAGCCAUUUUUGCUUGUAGCAAGUGAUCUAUAGUGGGUUAUUUGUUCAGAGGGCGUACCACCGCUUCUUAAAUCUUAAAUUGCGAGUUUGGAAGCGAGAUGGCAAACUACAUACCGUAGACCGGUGUCUCUGUUUUACACCGAUCAGAGCCCCGAUUCUGCUAUUUUACAAUGGCUGAUGUUUUAAUUUAUUUCAUGGCGAUGUAAACGAUUCAAUCGGCGAACACAUAUUGCAAGACAAACGCUCUCUGGUCGUUAGUUUAUUUUCAAUUUUGACAAAGUAAUAUUUCUAUCAAUUGCACAAAAAACUUAUUACUUGUAAGUCUUGCUACCGAUACAUAUCAAUCAAUUUAUGCACUGUAAAAACGAUGUUCUACAGAAAAGGUGUUAUACUCUCACGUUGUCUUCUCAUUCUCACACAAUAAAUUAUAUGAGUGUUAUUUGUAAAAUAAUUUUGUAUUUCUGUAGAAAAACUUACAGGUACUUACUAACUAACAAGUUUAUUGUAUUACAUUGAUGUCUUGUCAUAUUUGGUCGCAGUUUUCAAUUUCCGAUUUUAAUUCUUUUUUUUAUAAGUCAGGAAACAAGAAUGUGUACAGUUGUAAAUAUAUUAAUUAGAAUAAUUUUAAUCGAAACGUAUUUGCGAUGUUGUAAAAGAUUGAUAUUUCUUACAAUAAAUAAAAGACAAAAAUUUUGCUUCUAAAUUUCCUAAAAAAAAAUAUUGUAAGAAGGGAUGGGACCAAGAAUGCACAAAAUAUUUUAUAAUUAUGUGUUAGUAAUACUCAAAAUUUUAAUAAAUAAUGACGAUCUGUAUUUCAAAUGAUACUGAUUUUGUCGACCAAUUAAUUUUAAAAUUCAAAAUACAUGACAUGUAGGUAUUAUUUUAAUUGCGU